GUGAAUUGUGGUUUAUGUCCAAACAUUUCAGUGCAACAUGCAGAAGUAGUUAAUAUCAAACUACCCCUCACUGUUAUAUUAGACGUGAAGGACUGGGUCAGCGUUUGGUUUCUCAUGACUUUACGUCCCGCAGGCCCGGGUGGGGAAGUGAAAGGUUAGUUUAGACACAACAAUGGGGGAAGUUUGUCAAGAGGUGAACUUUAAGUCAUGGCUUUCUGUCAUUUGGCGAGUCUGCAACUUUUGCAUGUCUUUAUUCUUCGCUCUUGCAACAUAUGUACAGAUCAAUGAUCCAGACGCAGGGUUAUGGAUGGUUGGUUAUGGGGUUCCUGCAGUCCUGUGUGCAUUUAUUGGCUUGACACCCCAUUUGACAGAGACUUUGCCCUGGAGGCGUGUUGCUGAUCUCCAUGUGAUGGUUUCCAGCGCUAUUGUUGCCAUGUUGGGAUGGAGACUUUACAAAGAGCGAAUCACAGAGAUCUUCCAAGAGGAGCAGGGCAGAGAAUUUUCUGGUCUCAUGUUGACCAUUGUUUGGCUUCUCAUGUGUCGCCACUCUGGAAGGGCUCCAGUCGGGAUGCUCAGAGUCUCAACAGCUGUUGCCAUCACAGUCUUCCCCUUUGUGGCCUGGCUUUACUACUACAUCAAUAAGGAGCUGACAUCAAACUGGCCUUCACAUUGUAAAACUGCCAUUUAGACACCAACUUCUUAUUGUUUUGUCUGAUUAAAUAUUCCUUUUGUUAUGUUCUUUGACUGAAAAUCCUGGACCAAGAAUGCUGCUCAAGUAAAACAUUUUGUAGUAUCAUUAAAUACAAACAUGACAGCUAAGGUGCAUUUUGUAUCACUUAAAGCAUGUAUUUUUCAUCCAUGAUUUACCUACAAACUGUGCUGCAUCAGUAUUAAUUUAAAUUUAGAUUAUUUUUUUCUUCAGUCAAAUGAAGUGCAAUAUAUAAAUAAUGUAAAAUAUUAAAACAAAGUGAAUCAUAAAAUGUCUUUU